AUGUCAAAAUCGUCGUACACAUGCAAUUCCACCUGCAAAGGCUCCCCCAAAGAGGUCCCCUCGUAUGGGGAUAUAGGAGGAAUUGGUGUAACUCUAGCCUUCGUUAUUACGGCGUGGAUAGUGGUCAGUGUUCUUGUCAGUUACUAUCUCAAAGUCUUCGAUCCCACAUUAGACCCUUUUCGAAAGGAGGGCACGCAGAAGCGAACCAAGUAUCCAAACUCGAUCGACUAUUCGGUUCACGAAAUGAUACAGAGCAUUCCUUGGCUGAAAAACGAUUCCAAAUCUAUUUUUUCUGGAUCUUCCAGACUUGGAAUCGUCUUGAACUCGUGCGUCCUCACGUUCGCCGAUAUCCAGAUCUUCACGUCAUUGGCGAUUCUCAUCGGCGCGUAUGCCUCAGUGGGUUGUGAUAUCGUUGCUUAUCAUUGGCAAUACAUGAUCUAUCUGGCAUGGCUUGCUUCGAUAACUCAUCUGGCCAGUCUGUCAUUUCUUCGCAACCAUCUCGCCAAUAACCCAGCAAAGCGCGCAUGGCGUCUCGUGGCCAUGUUUACAAUUCAAGUCAUGCUAUCCGUGGCAGUGGGACUGUCGAUGACUUUUACUGAGGAUACCAAGGAUCCAGAUGAGGGUCCUCAUGAGGAUCCUUGGCUCAAUCACGGUGGCCGCCCUGCUCAAUGUUAUUUUAGAGAGGGGGUAGAAACAAAUUCUGUGACUUUUCAAUCAGCUAUCAAGUUUAUCGUCCUUCUUGUUUGGGGACUCGCUAUUCGCAUGGCAAAGACUUUCGAGGGAUUUGAAGGUGGGCUGCGCAAAACUGCAGCGCUUCUAGAACAAAGGGGCAAUCGGCACAGAAGAGCUUAUUCGGGCUCGACAGGAAGAGACUGGGAUCACGCAUUUGCCCAUGCGUCUCUGCCUCUUCGUGUUUGGAGUUACUUUUCUGUUCCUAUUUUGAUCGGAUUCUACUCGGUUUUGAGUAUCCAACUUGACCUUUUCACGUCGCUCCUAGCUGAAGUCUAUUGGCUAUUCUUUACUACCAUCUGGAUUACGGCACGCCUCAUUAAACUCCGAAUACCAGGCAAUCAAGACGACAGCAAAUGGACUUUUGGCCAGGUUCUUCCUAUCAUCCUUCUGGUUGCCCCCCUCGUUCUGGCAACCGAAGCCUUUUAUACGACAUCAGCGAGUAAAGAGUCGGCCAACAACCACCCAGAUAUUCCGGUGCCUAAUCCAGACGACAUCAGAGACCUGAGCCAUAUUCACAGCCCUGCAUAUCGAGGUGCAUUCUUCUUAGCAGUCCUGUCAUACAUCGAGAUCGCGGUAUACUUCGUUCUCGAUCAACCAGCAACUCAAGGCAUCGCUAUCCCCCUCAUUGUGAUCCUAUUGUCAGCAUUUCUCCUCCAGCCGGUGCUGCAACUGUCUUGGGUUGUCUGUAACCUUUGGCUCGACAACAUGAUUUGGCACAUGCCAUUGAAACGCACAAUACGCGAUGUCGUCCUAUUCGGAUAUUCUGCCAUCUCACUUGCCCAGAGCCUCCCUCCAGGUGGAUUUGGGCAGGAGCUGCCAAGUGAUGUCGACACGGAUUUUUAUGCACUUUCUGUUCUCUUAACAAAAUUCAUCCGGUGGCUCCCAGACGAGCCUUCUGAGCCAACAUCCACUAUAGUCAUAACAUCACCACGUCUCAAGCGCUUCGUCGAUCUACGCAUUCUUCUCCCCGAUAACGACCCCUCAUGGACUGGCCAAGAUGAACCCCUUCCCCUAUCCCGCCUUGACUGGGCCAUAGUCGGCACAACGGUAUCUACCAAGAUCCCCGACCCAGAAGGAAACCUGACUUCCCACUCAACAUUCCACCAAUGGAUAUCAUCCCGCACUCUCGACUCCGAUGCCGGCUUCAUGUACCCUCAGCCAAACGAUCUGACCCUCGAAAAGGGCAGUAUGGUCAACCCCGAUACUGGAAUCGACACAGAGUAUGAAGAGCUAUGGCACGACGCUACGCCGACAGCAGUACCUGGCGAACCAGCCGUCAGAGCGCUUGUCCUUCAAACUGAGGAUGAUAAGAACGGAGUGAGGGGCUCAGUAGUGAGACUGGGAUGUUAUGCACAGGGGCUGAUCAGAGUUGGAGAGCAUAUCUCACUCGAAAGGUGGGAGUGGAAGGACGGGUGGAAGAGGACUAUCAGAAUGGGAGACGCGGAAUUGCCGAUUGAGAAGAUUCUGGGUGAAGAGGCUUUGAAAGAGGGUGACACAGUUGAUGUCGAUGGGCGAGGAUGGAAAGUUAUUGAAGAGAGUGGGAAAGACGGGUCAAAGCUGUGA